AAACAAUAGUUGUAAUAAUUCAUAAACUAGCAACAAUAAUAAUUUAUGCGAAUUAAAUAAAUUUACCUGAUGUACCAAGUACCCGAGUGAAAUGAAUAAAUAUACGUAAAUCCCCAUAGUUUUCUUGUAUUCCUGUUCAAAAGUGAUACGAAAAUGUUUAACAGUAGCUUGUUGUACGAAAAGAGGCCUUUAAAAAAGCCUCGAAUUGGGCCCCCAGAUGUGUAUCCACAGGAACCCAAACAGAAAGAAGAUGAGCUAACAAGUACCAAUGUGAAACAUGGGUUUCUUAUUAUGACCCAUCUCAGUGAUGAGUUUGGAACAGCCAGAAAUUGUAAUGUUACUGCAAGUAAAGUGGGAGCUUAUUUCAAUGACAUUAUCGCAAAGAAAGAGGAGCUCAGCAUGCUCCCCGAUUCGGGUCGCAAACGUCAGCAGAUUAAUCCCAAAGACAACUUUUGGCCUGCAACGAUACGAACGAAGAACCACAUUGAGGCGUGGUUCAAGGACCUAGCCGGCAACAAACCGCUCAUGAAUCUAGCUAAAAAGGCGCCUAAUUUCAACAAGAAAGAAGAAAUAUUCAUAAUGCUGUGCGAGUAUCAAGUGCCCAUGAUCAGGGCUGCCUGGUUCAUUAAACUGAGCUCCGCUUACACCGUUGCCGUGUCUGAGGCGAAAAUCAAGAAGAGACAGAUGACGGACCCGACCACCGAGUGGACCGGCACCCUUCUCAAGUUCCUCAAGGAUCAAAUACCAAAGCUGCAAGAGUAUUAUUCGCAGUCGGAGAAGACGGUGCCGCAACUUCCGACUCCCUCUUUGACUCCAAUGCUGUGUAAUGAGACUGACCACAAACUGGCACUCAGGCACUGGGAAUACUGUAAAAGACUGCUAAAAUAUAUGUAUGAAGAAGGUUUAAUGGAUAGGCAGGAGGUGUUAACAUGGAUAAUCGAAUUGUUGGACAAAAACAAAGCCCAGCUGAACGACGACGGGAUUUUAAGGAUAUUCUUGCCUCUCACUCUACAAUAUUUGGACGAGUUCGUGCAAUCGGAACUACUGUGCAGACGUCUAGCCACUUACUGUGCCAAAAAACUGGGCGACAUGAUGUCCAACAUGGCAGAAGGUAAUCUGAUGACUUCACCAGCCAGUGAAACAAUUAAAACUGAGCAGAAAGAGGGCGACAAGGAUAAAAAGGAGAACGCUGGGACGAAUCCGGUCCAGCUGACGCUAAUGGAGUAUCAAAACUGUCCACACCACAGAGAUAUAGUACUACAAUUGAGUACUAUAAUACAGACAAUCGUUCUGGAAUGCCCUACUGCUUUGGUGUGGUGUGGAGCGGGGGUUGGAACGAUUUGGCAUGGCUCUCCUUUGGAUAACAUUCCUAUGUUGCCGUCUAGUUUGCCAGUACCAGCACGUUGCGACAUGGUCACCUACAGGAAACAGAUAGUGUUUGCUGAAAACAGUAUUAGAGAGAGAAGUAAAAGAGCUGAAGGUAAAUGGUGUACGGAAAAGUGGCAAGCUUCCUCGGCGGGUAAAUGGAUUGUCACCACAAGAGUGUUGGCUGCUUUGGACGCAUUAGAUAGGCACAGAUUUGAUAAAAUGGAUUCCAGUAACUCAUUAGAUACCUUAUAUGCAAAGGUGUUUUCCGGAAAUCCUGACCAAGAAAGUGCCGUAGUGAAACUACUGUGUGAGUGGGCUGUGUCUCCAGAACGCACUGGGGAGCACAGGGCACUUGCAGUUGCUGCUCUUCUGGAUAGGCGGCAGUCUGACACAACAACAACAAAUGACCAAGAAACUAACACAGGAGAUGACAAGGAUUCCAGCAGUUCCAUGCCUGGGGGUCCACCAAUGUUCCAGUCGUUUUUAAUGAAGUUUCUGGACAACGACGCACCCAUUCCAGCCCCUGAUGAUUGCCCACAAAAGAAGACAGCUUUCUCAAACCUGGUCCACUUGUUUGCUGAAUUAAUUAGGCGAGACGUCUUUUCACAUGAUGCCUACAUGUGUACUUUGAUAUCUAGAGGGGAUCUUCUAGGGCAUGAGGAAAGUACUGACCAUAAUCAGCAUCAUUCCACAAAAAUUGAGCCCAUGGAUUAUGACGACGCCAACAUUGACCACGACUUGGGCCAGAUCCUGCAAAACAUUAAGGAAGACCAGCAGAACUCCAUGGACGUCCCAGACAGUCCCAAGGACCACGACCACGUACACCAUCCUCACGUACCGUCUUCCAUGGUCCACGUUCCCAUGGAAACGGACCACGUCGGUCACAGAGUCAAACCCUCCAGACACCUUCUCUACACCACCCACUUCCCCCUGUCCCAAGAUGAUUCCUUCUCCCAACACGACUGUAAUCAAAGGCACGUUCUGCUGUACGGCGUCGGCAAAGUCAGAGACGAGGCACGACACACCGUCAAGAAAAUGUCCAAGGAAAUCUGCAAACUCUUCUCCAAGAAGUUUUCCAUCGACGUCGCCGAAGGUGGCAAAGUCAAGAAGCACUCCCGCAACGAGUUCAACUUCGAGGCCACGACCCAAAAGUGCCAAAGCUUAAGUUAUUUCGACCAACACGUGGUCACGUGGCAGUGCAGCAUCACCGUCAUCGAAAUGCUGAACUCGUUCGCAACCGGCAACUCCAAUUAUCUACCCGUGCAGGAGCACGUUGCUUUCCUGUUUGAUCUCAUGGAAUUGGCUUUGAAUAUUUACGGUUUGAUCGACGUGUGCAUACAGAUUCUGAAGGAGCUGCCUGAGGUCGAAAACCAGCUGCACAACAAGAAUUCCGUCCUCAGCAGGAAUUACACCACUUCCUUGAGUUUGUACGUGGUCGGAGUAUUAAGGAGAUACCACUGUUGUCUAUUAUUGUCGCCUGAGCAAACGUCAGCAGUAUUUGAAGGACUGUGUAAGGUGGUAAAGCACGUGUCCAAUCCAGGGGACUGCAGUUCAGCAGAAAGGUGCAUUUUGGCCCACCUCUACGACCUGUAUUCGUCCUGCAGCUUAUUAAAAUCAAAGCCUCACACUGUGGAACCUUUUGGUAAUGCUUACCCCAAAAUUAGACAAGUUUUGUAUACUGCGUUACAGCCGACUCCCAGCAGCAGCUACAUUUAUAAUCCGCAGUAUAUGCAGGAGGUAUUCGCCAAUCCUAAGAAAAACGUAAGGAUUGAGAGUAGUUGGGCGAAGCAGCUCAACGAAAACGGAAAUAAUAGGUACUCGUUUGUGAGCAACGCUGUUAUACAUGUUUGUCGAGAAAACGACAAUGAACGACUGAACGAUUUGGCCAUAAUGUGUGCGGAGAUGACGGCUUGUUGUAACUCACUUGCUGCUGAAUGGUUAGGUGUUUUAUUGUCUCUUUGCAGCCCCAUGUCACACCCUGGAUACUAUAACGAUGUUUCUCUGCAGCUUGACACUCAGGAUGUCACAAUACACAAUGCAUUGGCUGUAUUUACAUGUAUACUUAUAGCUAGACAUUGCUUCUCACUGGAGGACUUUGUUGGACGUGUGGCGUUGCCCAGUUUACUCAAGGUGAAGAGUUUGGACAACGGCGGCGGAGCCGCAGAGGCGGGCAUGCGUCUCACAUGCCAUCUGCUGCUAAGACUCUUCCGCACCGCCGAAGGCCCCCAGCCGGGCCUCUAUUCGGUCGGUUCGCCGCCACUCACGGCGCCCCGGCCGCCCCUGGGCGUACGUCUGAGCUGCGACCGGCAUCUGUUGGCGGCUGCGCACCGCAACAUACACGUGGGGCCGGUGCUGGCCGUGCUGAAGGCGGUGCUCAUCGUCGGCGACGCCACGGCCAAGGAGGGCACCGAACUGAGUCUGAGCAACAUUCUGGGGACCAGCGACUUGCAUAGCGGCGGGGAUGGGCCCAGUUUGGAUUUGGCGCGUAAGUUGAAAUUGGUUUGUUCUGUUCCGAUCAGUGUUGACAUGGAAGUAUGCGGCGCCAGGACCACCCAUAGGCAAUCUAGCACUGGCAACGCCGAAAGUACUGCUUCUCUAUCGGCAUUCGCCAAUCAUGUACUAAGGGAGAUUUGCUCUCAACAGUGGGUGUUGGAAAGGUGUCUUUCGCACCCGGAGGAACUAUGCGAAUCGGACCACUUGUUGGAUCCACUCCUCUCACACUCACAAGCCCAAAGACUGUUACACAUGAUCUGUUAUCCUGAUGCGGGGUCCAGCAUAGACGAUCUGGACCAAAAGAGCAUGAUUAGUCGUAUUUUAGAGAACUUAGAACAAUGGACGUUGAGAAUGUCCUGGCUAGACUUACAGUUGAUGUUCAAGCAGUUCAAUCCGAACUCACCGGAAUUGUCGCAGUGGCUGGAGACGGUGGCCAAAGCGGCAAUUGAUGUGUUCCAAUUGAACUCCACCAACGGCUCCUCCCCAAAAUCCGACGACAAAAAGGCGGACAAGAAGCACCGCCAGAACUCGAUCUGGUUGGUGGCUCCUCUCGUUUCCAAACUGCCCAGUGCGGUUCAGGGACGAGUGCUCAAGGUGGCCGGACAGGUUUUGGAGAGUGGUGGUUGGUGCAGGGAGCAAAAGAACAAAGGUAGAGCCACAAGUGAGAACCAGAGUCUGUUGAGUCAUCAGCCAUUCCUGACUCUGGUGCUCACUUGUCUGAAGAAUCAGGAGGAGGGGCAGCGGGAAGGGUUGUUGUCUUCGUUACAUCAGCAAUUAUCGCAGCGCCUCUUCCAGUUGGUACAACAAGCCAAAGAAGGCAAUUUGCAAGACAUUUGUAACAAUGAGCGAACUUUGGAUGGGCUGCAGCUGCGAUUCGCUUUGGUUGGUGGAGUAUUCGAAGCGUUUCAAAGAAAUCAUUCUGCAACUACUGACUGGGCUUUGCUGUUAGUACAAUUGGUCACUUACAGUUUAAUUGAUCUACACACUCACAACGAGCUGUUUACAACAGUUAUAGACAUGCUGGCGACUUUAGUACACUCAGCUUUAGCAACUGACAGUCAAGACGAAGGUAGGAAAAUGUAUCAGAACCUGAUGAAAAAGCUGAAAAAGGAGGUGGGUGAACGCCACAACGCUUCCCUGCAACAUAUCAAACAGCUUCUGCCCUUGCCACGCGUCACAACUGAAGUAAUAGCUGUGGAACCAAUCGGCAGCAUAACCGACAGCAAGGGCAACAAGAUCAGCUUCGACAACGUGGACAAGCACGAGCUGCAAGUCACGGACAAACAACGGGUGAUCACCUGGGAUAUCUUGGAGGGCAUGAAGAAUCCGGCACCGUUGUCCUGGUCUUGGUUCGGCGCUGUGCGAUUGGAAAGGAAGCCGCUCACGUGUGAGGACACUCACAGGCUGUUGAAGUUCCACACGCACAACCUGCAGAAACCACUGUCGCACUACUUGGAUCCGCCGCCGCUGCCGCCAGAAGAUCUGGAACCCAUACCGGACAAACCUCUAAAGGAAUCUGACCUGAAGGCGGACACGCCGUCGUCGGUGGACCAGAGCCCCGCGGCCGUAGGCAAAGGUAGGGGCAAGGGACAACGGAAGCCACGCAAGAAGUCCGGUCCGGGCCAGAUGCACAUGACGCCGAUGAUGAACCAGUCGCCCAUGGGCGGCGGGCAGGGACAGCCGGGCGCCGGCAUGGCGGGCAUGGGAGGCAUGCAGCCGGGUGCCAACGUGCAGUCGCAGAUGGGGCAUGGAGGCAUGGGUGGAUACGGACAGCAGGGCAUGCAACAGGGCCAGCAGUAUCCGGGCAACCAGCACCAGCAGUGGUACGGCCAGAACCAGCAGCAGCAGCAGUUCUAUCCGCAAAUGCCGGGUAAGCCCAGAUCAGUGUUGCCACCAGGAGGGAAAAUUCAGAUGGAAAAAGUUAAUAACCGUCUGGAGAGACCCCAAAUCAAUCAGUCCAAACAGGCUCUCAGUUUAAUGCUGAAGCAGCGACAUCCACCUCACCAUCAGUUUAUGCCCGGUAUAAACAACGCAGCAACCGCACAACAACAACAACCAACGAAUUACGGCCAAAACUUGAGGGGAUUCCCCAGACAACCUCUUCGGCAACCUCAUCCGAACAUGCAACCCAAUCAGAAUAUGUUCCAACAAUACGGCAUGGGCCAGCAAGGGGGCAUGGCCCCGCAGCAGUACGGCGGAUACGGCGGCCCCCAGCAGCAAAUGAUGAGCCAAGGCGGCAUGGGAGGUGGUGGCCAAGCUGGCAACCAACAAAUGAUCCAGCCGCAACAACAAAGCGGUGGAGCCCCGAUGUUCUCUCAGCAGCACUCGGCUGCAGCCGCCUUCAACGCCCAGCGCCCCGGUCAAGGAGAUUACAGGCAGAUGGGAGGCCCCCAGGCGCCACCACCCCGUGCACCCUACAUGCAACAGGCGCCUAACGUGACGAUGAACGCUAACAUGGCCGCCCAGAUGGGAGCCAUGGGCGGCCAAGGAGGGCCGGCGCCUCCCUACUCCAGGACUGGAGCCCAAGGAAUGCAACCAGGUGUGCAGAACCAACAGUUCCAACAACAGCAACGCAUCAGACAACAAAUGAUGGCGAUGCAGCAGCAAGGCGGACCCCAAGGGUCACAACUGGUUGCCCAUCUGCAGCGGCAACAGAUGAACCCCAAUCCUUACCACCAACCGCCACCUUACAUGGGCGCUCCUUAAAAGCCAAUCUACUCAAGUUUCAUGUUUGUUUCCCAAGUUUAUGUAUAAAAUUGCUUAUUUAUAAAAGUUUCUGUUGUAGAGUUUAUAUUUUUUGUGUAUUAAAAACUUACAAUAUUUCAA